AUGCUUGGGUCUAUAAUAGCAGCCGCUGCAGCGGCCUGUUGCCUAUAUUAUGGAUAUUUUGCCGCCCUCAGAUAUUUCGAGUCGAGACAAGUUCGUUUGCGGGAAAACACACAGCCAAUCCCCAAGGUGACGCAAUCACCCGUCAAAUUUGGAAUUGAUUUCUAUAACCGGGUUACCAAGGCCGUCGACGAGAAUCGUUACUUGGAACUGGAGACCGAACUGUUCGAACAGUAUGGCGACACCUUCUCGUUUUCUAUGUUUGGAACGACAAGUGUGAUGACUCGUGAACCAGAGAAUAUCAAGACUGUACUUGCAACCAAAUUCGAGGAUUUCAGCUUUAGCGCUGCGAGAUACAACAGCUUUGCACCAAUGCUUGGGGAUGGCAUCUUCACCCACAUGUAUGGAGGGGGAGAAAAGGGACAGCCGUGGCGCCACUCACGUAACGUGCUUCGCCCACAAUUUGCGAAGCAGCAAAUCCAAGAUCUCACUGUUCUCGAGUCAUUCGUACAGAAUAUGUUUAAAUUGAUACCGGAAAACCAGACCUUUGACCUCCAAGAGCUUUUUUUCAAGCUUACUAUGGAUACAGCCACGGACUUCUUAUUUGGGGAAAGCGUGAACAGCUUAUUGCCAGGCUGCCCAGUGGAAGAAGCCCAGUUUUAUGAUGACUUCACACGAGGAACAGAACUUCUUAUGCGUCGAUUGACUCUCCAGGACUUUUAUUGGCUCCAAAAAGAUGGCGCUGAAUUCCAACAGCUUUGCAAAAAUAUGCAUGCAUACUUGGAUAAAUUUACUAGAAAGGCACUGCAACUACAAGCUACGGGAAAGCCAACCGGUCAUGAGCUAGGUGGCAAGUACGUGUUCCUGGAAGAGGCGGCACAAAAUUUCAAAGAUCCUGUUCGACUUCGAUCGGAGCUCUUUAACAUCCUCCUUGCUGGGCGAGACACAACAGCAAGUCUGUUAUCAAUAUGUUGUCACCAGCUAGCUAGGCAUAAAGAGGAAUGGUUCCGCCUACGAAAGGAGGUCAUUGAGACUAUUGGGAACAGGAAGCCAACGUAUGAAGAUAUUAAGUCACUCAAGUACCUUCGCUACGUUCUCAACGAGAGUGAGUUGUCUCCUUUCUACAAGCCUGCAUAG